CGGCCAUCCCGGACCGACCGCCGCGACCUCGCCGGGAUGGCGGCGGCGGCGGCGGCUUCUCACAUGGCCGAUGUGAGCUGGAAGGUGCUGGAGCUGCGCGCCCGCUCCAAGCGCUCAGCUUAGCCUGAGACGUUUGUGAUUAGCUGCACCAAUUUGAAAUGGCCAAUUUGGAUGAUGACAGAGCCUCCUCUGCGCAUGCUUUUUUAAAAUUUGAGGGUCACACAUUGUCUGGUUCAAUUUAUGAGCCACUCAAAAGUAUUAACCUUCCAAGGCCAGAGGGGGAAAGUCUAUGGGACAAAUUAAAUCAUUACUAUAGAAUUGUUAAAUCAACUUUGCUGCUCCAUCAGAGCCCAACCACAGGUCUGUUCCCUACCAAGACCUAUGGGGAUAACCAAAAGGCAAAGGUGCAUGACAGCCUUUACUGUGCUGCCUGUGCCUGGGCACUGGCCCUUGCUUACAGACGUAUUGAUGAUGACAAGGGAAGGACUCACGAGCUGGAGCAUUCUGCUAUAAAGUGCAUGAGAGGAAUUCUCUACUGCUACAUGCGGCAGGCCGAUAAGGUUCAGAAAUUUAAGCAAGACCCCCAACCAUCUGCAUGUCUACAUUCUCUGUUCAGUGCACACACUGGAGAUGAGGUCUUCUCUCAUAAGGAGUAUGGGCACCUUCAGAUCAAUACUGUGUCAUUGUUCCUCCUCUAUUUGGUUGAGAUGAUCUCUUCGGGGCUGCAGAUUAUCUACAACACAGAUGAGGUGUCCUUUAUCCAAAACCUUGUGUUUUGUGUGGAGAGGGCCUAUCGUGUUCCAGAUUUUGGUGUGUGGGAAAGAGGAAGUAAAUACAACAAUGGCAGCCCAGAGCUGCACUCGAGCUCGGUGGGGCUGGCAAAAGCAGCUUUAGAAGCAAUUAAUGGCUUCAAUCUCUUUGGAAAACAGGGCUGCUCUUGGUCUGUUAUAUUUGUGGAUUUUGAUGCCCAUAAUCGUAACAGGCAGACUCUGUGUUCACUGCUGCCCCGAGAGUCAAGGUCUCAUAACACUGAUGCAGCUCUUUUGCCCUGUCUUAGUUACCCAGCAUUUGCUUUGGAUGAUGAGGUUUUGUUUGGUCAAACACUAGAUAAAAUUAUUAGAAAACUGAAAGGGAAAUAUGGGUUUAAGAGGUUUCUGAGGGAUGGGUACAGAACAGCGCUGGAGGACAGGAGCCGCCGGUACUACAAACCAGCAGAAAUUAAGCUUUUUGAUGGCAUUGAGUGUGAAUUCCCUCUUUUUUUUAUUUUCAUGAUAAUCGAUGGCGUUUUUAGGGGAAAUCCUGCACAAGUAAAGGAAUAUCAGGAUCUCCUGGACCCUUUGCUUCAACAUACACCUGAAGGGUGUCCUGUUGUGCCCAAGUAUUACUACGUGCCAGCUGAUUUUGUUGAAAUGGAGAAGAGGAGCCCUGGCAGCCAGAGACGGUUUCCCAGUAACAAUGGUCGGGAUGGAAAGCUGUUCCUGUGGGGGCAGGCCAUGUACAUCAUUGCCAAACUCCUGGCUGACAAAUUAGUGAGUCCUAAGGAUCUGGACCCUAUUGGACGCUACGUGGCUCCCCAGGACCAGCGGAAUGUGAGCAUGAGAUUUUCAAACCAGGGUCCUUUAGAAAAUGAUUUGGUAGUACACGUGGCCCUCAUAGCAGAAAGCCAGCGCUUACAAGUUUUCCUGAACACAUAUGGAAUCCAAACUCAGACCCCCCAGCAGGUGGAACCAAUUCAGAUAUGGGCUCAAAAAGAACUUGUCAAAGCUUACUUCCAUUUGGGAGUCAAUGAGAAAUUGGGAUUGUCUGGAAGACCGGACAGACCUAUAGGAUGCCUUGGAACAUCAAAGAUCUAUCGAAUCCUGGGGAAGACUGUGGUUUGCUACUCGAUCAUUUUUGAUCUCAGUGAUUUCUACAUGUCUCAGGAUGUUAUGAUGUUGAUUGAUGACAUUAAGAAUGCCCUGCAGUUCAUUAAGCAGUACUGGAAGAUGCACAGACGGCCCCUGUUCGUGGUGCUGAUCCGUGAGGACAAUAUAAGAGGGAGCAGAUUCAGUCCAAUAUUAGAUAUGCUGGCAGCCUUUAGAAAGGGAGUUGUUGGAGGAGUGAAAGUCCAUGUUGACAGAGUACAGACGUUAAUAUCUGGAGCAGUUGUUGAACAACUUGACUUCCUAAGAAUCACUGAAACAGAAGAGGCUCCUGUAUUCAAGAGUUUGGAGGAGUUGGAUCUCCCAAAACAUUCAAAAGUCAAGAGACAGUCUAGUACUCCAAAUGCUUCUGAACUUGAGCAGCAACCAGAUGUAAAUAUUAAUGACUGGAAAACCAAGUCAACAUAUGAGAUCCUGCAGAAACUUAAUGACUGCAAUUGCCUAGCAAGUCAAGCGUUACUCUCCAGUAUAUUGCUUAAAAGGGAAGGCCCGAAUUUUAUCACCAAGGAAGGUACUGUUGCUGAGCAUAUUGAAAGAAUCUAUAGACGAGCUGGCAGCAGAAAGCUCUGGUCUGUUGUGCGCUUCGCAGCAAGUCUUUUAGGUAAACUAGUGGACAGCCUUGCACCAUCUAUUACUAAUGUUUUAGUUCAGGGCAAGCAGGUGACACUUGGAGCUUUUGGCCAGGAAGAAGUUGUUAUUUCUAACCCCUUAUCCCCAGCAGUGAUUAAGAACAUUAUUUAUGAAAAAUGUCAUUUACAAGAUGAAAGAGAAGCCGUAGUUCAGCAGGAACUUGUCAUCCAUAUUGGCUGGAUCAUCUCAAAUUCACCUGAGCUGUUCAGGGGGAUGCUGAAGAUACGGAUUGGAUGGAUUAUUCAUGCUAUGCAGUAUGAAUUGAAAAUCCGUGCUGGGGAUAUGCCAGCCAAGGACUUGUACCAGAUGUCUCCUAGUGAAGUGAAGCAGCUUCUGCUGGACGUCCUUCAGCCACAGCAGCCGGGCAGGAGCUGGCUGAACAGGAGGCAGAUCGAUGGCUCUCUGAACCGAACUCCGGCCGGGUUCUAUGAUCGGGUGUGGCAGAUCCUCGAGAGAACUCCCAACGGUUUGAUCGUGGCGGGGAAAUUCCUACCACAGCAACCAACCUUAUCGGAUAUGACGAUGUAUGAAAUGAAUUUUUCCCUUCUGGUUGAAGAUAUGCUGCAAAACAUCGACCAGCCACAAUACAGACAAAUUAUUGUAGAGUUGCUGAUGGUUAUAUCUGUUAUUUUGGAGAGAAAUCCUGAGCUAGAGUUCCAGGACAAAGUGGACUUGGACAAAGUGGUGCAAGAAGCAUUUCAUGACUUUCAGAAAGAUCACAGCAGUCCAAAGGGAGCUGAAAGUCAAAAUGACAUGACUGCUUUCUACAACACCCCCCCACUGGGGAAGAAGGGAACGUGCAGCUACUUGAGUAAAGCUGUGAUCACCUUACUGCUGGACGGGGAAGUGAGAGCAAGCAGUGAUGAUCCCUGUACCAUCAGCUGAAGCUCUGAAACACAAAAAGGAAUGGUUGCUUUAGCUAGUGUUCUAUGUAUUUUUCAAGCAUAUAUUAAAAUACUGUUUUGAAGAGUAACCCUGGCUAGCAAUACAAAUGCAUAUUAUCCUCUGCUGAAAGAAGUGCCAUUAAAGAUACCAAGUGCCACCUAAUUUUUUCCUUUCUCAACUAUGCAGCUGUAACUGAGCACAUGAAGUUAGUCUGAUGAUAAUUGAUUAAGCUGAAUGAGAAUUUAUUUAUGAUCUUAAAUUAUGCACCUAAUGUAGCUGGUUAACUUCAAAAGAAAAGCAGUUUUUGUCUUUAUACCUCUAUUUAUUUAUAAUUACAGAGAAGUUUGUUGUAAACUCUAAAUGGAAUUCAGAAAAUACCAUAAUUAACAUGCAUACCAAUCAGUAUGGAAAUACAAAAAUUGGAUUAUUUUCUUACUAUUUUACACAUAAAUUGUAGGUGAUGGUUAAAGAGUUGUUAUUCAUUCUAGAUUUUCUGUAUCAGUUAAAUUGACAGGCAUUGUUUUCAGGUUGUUGUUUUUUUUUUUUAAUUUACCAAUUGGUCACUUGAUAUACAGGUUUCAUCCUAAUAGAGCAACUUUUUAUCUCAAGCAAUAUAUAUCAUUGCAGUUUCCCAACUGUAGUUUAAGCAUCUGUAAGUUAACAAGGGAAAUGUUCGGUAACAAGAUGAACGUUUGUUUU